AUGACCAUCACCCCGAAGCCCCAGGUGACGCUCAUCGAGCUCACAGCCGAGGAACUCGCCACAAAAAGAAUUGGCUCCCACCACCUCCAGGCCGCCGUCGAAGCCCUGCAUCGCGAUGGACUAGUCGUUCUCGAGAACGCUGUCGAUACUUCCCAUCUCGACACCCUCAACGCCCGCAUGGUGCACGAGGCCGAAUCCCUUUAUACCCGGCCAACCACGCACCGCAACUUCGGCAGCACCACAGGAAACAUCCAGCAAGAGCCCGUACUAGAACCGAACUACAUCUUUCAGGACGUUAUCGCCAACCCCUGGGCCGUGGACGUGAUCCAGUGCAUGCUCGGCCCGCACCCGAAGCUGCGGUUUUACAGCGCCAAUACCGCCUUUAAAGCUACGGGGCGCCAGCCGCCACAUAUCGAUAUUGAUUUUGAUUUCCCCAAGAUUCCUUUCGGGUACUGCGUCAACAUCAAUCUAGUCGAUGUGUCGCCUGAGAACGGAUCCACGGAAAUCUGGCUUGGGACGCACACCAACACAGAUAAGAGUGUGCUCGAUGACGACGCGUACCAAAUCCGCCCGAGUCUUCAAGAAGAGCGGCGCAAGAUCAGCCCGCCCAUCCAGCCGAAUCUGCCCAAGGGAUCGUUAAUCAUUCGCGAUUUCAGGCUCUGGCACGCAGGGAUGCCAAACAAGACGGACGAGCCGAGGAUCAUGUUGGUCUCCGUUCAGUUCCCGCAUUGGUAUAGGAGUGACUUGAAGAUCAAAUUGCCCGAAAAUUUGAAGGGCAAGCUAGAUUGGGGGGAUGUGACACCUUGCGUAGAGUGGAUGCCCGAAGGGUACGACUAUCUCCAGGGGGCGCAUGAUCACGAUUUUACACUGCUGCCGUAG